UACGAUGUCAACUCUCUCUCUCUCUCUCUCUCUCUAUAGACGACUUUGAUGUUUCGCCAUUUGAUUCUGUAGAAGCUCAAGUUCUAGCCGUCGAUGAUAGCCACGUCAACCGGAAGGUCAUCGAGCAAUUGCUCAAGAUUUCUUCUUUCAAAGUCAAAUUUUGCAGUGACGGUUGUGGAUAGUGGAAGGAGAGCCCUGCAAUUCUUGGGUCUGGACGAGCAUAAGAGUUCAUCAAUUGGUUUUGAUCUAAAGGUGUUAAAAGACGAAUGGAGGGAGACGAGUUCAACCAUUUUGGCACGUCUUCAAAGCGAAAAUCUUCAUCAUCUGUGUCUUCAAGAUCAUUGUUGGGUAUCUCGCCUUCGUGGGUCUCUUAUCUCUCGUCUUCGUGGUCUUCGGAAAUCUCAAAUUUCAGUUUUGCACUAGACCCUCUAGCAUAAGUGAGAAAAAAUUGAUAGAGAGAGAAUGAACGAAAUGAAAAGGUGGGAGGGAGAAAGAAGUGAAAUGGAGGGGGAGAGAGAGAGAGAGAGAGAAAGAAAGAAAUGAAAAAAUUUUAUUAAGUGGGGCAUCGGUUGCACCAGGCGAUUGCAAUAAGUAUUUUUGUUUUCAA